AUGAGGUUGGGAACGGCUUCUCUCUUAGGCCUGCUUGCUUUGCCCUUCGUGGCACUUGCGCAAUCAGAGGUCUACACCACCGACACAAACGGCAAUGCGUACACCACGACUGUGUACACCUCAGGCAGCACUUAUGAUGGAGCAACCACCACCAGUUUUUCAGCGCCGACCUAUGUCCCUGCCAUCCAAACCGUGCCAUACACAGGCCAAGCACUGCUUGUGGGGACGUGCAACAUCGCUAGAUUCACCCUCCUCACAUUCCCCAACGGCGACACGGUCGAAGUUCCACUUGUAGGAUGUUCCGACGAUCGGCCAGAAUGCUGCCCGUCAUUGAACUUCACACAUUCCGAGCCAGAAGAGACGGGUUCUGCUUCUCCGUCAGCCACGGAGUCGAGCGACGAGGGAGACGGUCACGAAUCUAGCACGGCCUGGACAGGCACGACUCCCAGCCCGACUCCAACGGGAGUUGUUUCCAUGCUGAGCAACGCCCCACUUACUGUUUGUCCAAGCGAUAUGGUUGACAUUGACCCAGUCUGCUGUCCGAGUGGGUUCACCACUUACGGCGAAAGCAUCAUCGGCAACCUCCCCUGUGUGAGCACACUCACCACGACAAUCUCACCCGAUUCGGCCGUGCUGGCAUCCAUAACCUCGAUGGUCUCGGCCUCUCUGGCCGCCCAGUCGACAAUGACAACCACAACCCCGACCAUCAACGUCAUUGUGAACCAAGUAUGGGCCCUUGGUCUCCCCUGCGCCGACGACGAAGAAGGCGGAGAAGAAGGAGACCACACGCAUCUAAGCACGGGCGCCAAAGUCGGGAUCGCGGUGGGCGUCGGCGUCGGCGGCCUUCUCAUCAUCGGUUUCCUCUGGGCCUGUCUCGCCGUCCGCCACCGCCGACGGGCAAAGAUGCGGAAACUCGAAGCCGCAAACACCGCAGCCGGCGGUCCCAUUCGGCCUGAGUCGGGGGCGUAUGCGGCGGCACAGGAGAAUCCCAAACACGCCUCGAUGGCGUCGACCAUGGUGGCUCCGACCCCAUCAAUAGGCAGCCCGAACAUGCACGAGCCGUACGGCUCGCCCCCCGGCACGCACGGAUUCAGCCCGGCGUUCGGGUACGCAGCGCCGCCGCAAGCCCAACCUCCGCAGAUGAUGCAGAUGCAGGUCCAGCAGGACCCCUACGGCCAUGCGUACGGCAUCCACACCAUCCCGCAAGGCUACCCGCUCGUGGGCUACCCGCAAUCCCAAUCCCCGCCACCGCCAUUCUACCCCUCUGGCGGCGGCGGCGGCAGCUACGGCAGCCAGGCCGCAGGACAAUACAAAGACGCCGUCCCCGCCGAAGUCGCGGGGAAUGAUGUCCCAGUCCGCCAUAAUAACCUCUCACCUCCCCAUCGCGACAGCGCGGGCUUCUCGACCAACGCCAGCGCCAGCGACACGCGCAGCCAGAUCACCUCGACCACCAACACCAACACCAACACCGCGGUGGGCAGUUGGCAACCACCACCGGGCGCGGAGCCCAAACCGCCCGCCGAACUGAGUUAG